CAACUGCGAGCAAGCGGCGGCAGCAUCGAACGCCAAACUCCCAACUCGAACUUCUGCUGCCGCUCAACGCGGCCCAACCGACUCCGGUAACAUGCCGAUAUCCAAGCGCAACCGGACCGUGACACUGUCGAAGACGAAGAAGAAGGGGAGGAAACACAAGGAAGCGGUGGCGAACUCGAUCAAGCAGGCCCUGGAGGAUUCCGGCUCCUCCUAUGUGUUCACGCUCCAGAACAUGAGGAAUCAGAGGUUGAAGGAGUUCAGGGAGCGACUCAAAUCCACCAGCAGGUUCUUUCUUGGGUCGAACAAAGUCAUGCAGAUAGCCUAAGGGCGAUCCAUAGCCGAUGAAGUGAAAAGGCCCGCGUUUGUAAACUUUCUAAGGUGCAUUUUCAUGUUCUUCCCCUUCUAAACUUUGUCAUUGUUAUUUGCUAGAGAUUUCAUGACUUUUUAUCAUUGUUCAUGCAAUCCAAUCUGUAUACUGUAUCUGGACUAAUCUUGCCAACGAGGAGGUUCAAAGGUAGUAGUCCUGGAUAUUUGUUUCAAUAUACUUGUUCAAUCUUUUGUGUCUAUAUAUGUUUCUUCAUUGGACAUCCUGGUUAUAAUGGGUUCAUGUCGAGGUGGGGUGCCAUUGUACCCUUCCAAGACCAUUCUGUAGCAGUUGCGGAAGCCUUGCACACUGGCUGCCCUCGGGACACUUAACCUACUGCUUUGGUUAAAUAGCUAUGCUGCAUUCAUUGAUGGUCACUUCAGAUUUUAGGUGUAUGUAGCUGUCUGUCCCACCAAAGGCUUGUGUUGGCUGCAUUCUUGAGUUAUGGAGGUUGAACUAAAAGAGGGUCCGCUGGAGCAGUUCACACAUGAAAUGGAGCCAUAUCUCCGCAAGCAGGGUCUCCCAGUUGGCUUAAAAAAAAGGAGUCAUAGGGCUCGUCUCUGACUUGGCUGUAUGUGAACAAGGAAUGCCGUUGUCUUCUGAAUCAGCUCGAAAUCUACUAACGUGUCUGAUACUACUAGACUCGGAUAGUCAUUGUCUAAGCUCACACUUGGCAAAGUACCAUCAACAAUUAUUUCCUGGGCAGCUCUGCUGUCUUCCUUAAUAGCACCUCGAGAAUUUUUCUUGCCCUCGUUGAAUGGACUCUAUG